CACGUGACAUGGACAACACAGUUCAACCUUUGAGGUUGAAGUGAAGUUGAGACAUUUCUUUGCUCUGACAGGGCAGUGAGAGGAGACCCAGGCAAUGGAUGGAUUUCCUGUGAGGAUUACAGAGGCGGUGUGUUUUGGGGCCAGCCUUGCCCUCUCAGGCAUCUGCUACUAUCUGUACAGGAAGAGCCGGACGACAGUAGAUAAGCUUGAUGAAGCCCCACGUUUCACCAUAGAUGGGAAACUCAAAGACAUUUUGAAAGUAACUCCGGGAGCGUGUCUACAGUAUGCUGUCAUCGAAGGUGCUGUGCAACCAAUAGGAGAGCCUCUGACGAGUCACUUCCAAAAAGAAACUGUCGGAGUGUUGCAGAAAUUCAUGUUGAGAGAACACAGGCUGGUGUGGAAUGGCCUUUCAAGCACUUGGACAGACAGUGAGCGAGUCUUGCACCAAAGAGUGAAUGCAGUGCCCUUUGUGAUAAUGGGAUCUGAUGAGACUGCAGUCAGAGUCCUGUGUCCUCUACAGGCAUCUGGAAUGCACAUGGAGAUUACCCAUGAGAAGUUUCACCAGGUCAAUUACGGCUUGGGUGACAUCGUGGGACAAUACCUCAGCGGGGAGAAGCUCAAAGGGCAACUGGAGAUCGAGGAAAUGCUCAAAGUGGGUACAACCCUCACAGGUGUAGGUGAGUUGAUACUGGACACAGAUGGCACCCUGAAUCUUCGACCACCUUCUAAUAAUGCACAGUACUUCCUGAGCAUCAUGGACUUUGACACCCUGCGACGAGAUCAACAAACUGAAGCUGUUUGGUGGAAGGUGCUGACCAUUGCCUCUGCUUUGGCCGGUGCCAUGGUCCUCCUCUGGGUCGGGCGGCGUUACUACUACCACCUUAAAGUGCGGCGGGAGCGGGAGCAGGAGAGGAGGGAAUUUGAGAGACUGCUGGCUGAAGCCCAAAGAGCUCCUGCGGCUGUAGCGGGCCCCGAGGCCCUUCAAGACAUGGCAGAGGAUCACGUAGAGAAUCCUUGUGUGAUUUGCCUCUGUCGGCCACGUAACUGUAUUCUGUUGGACUGUGGGCAUGUGUGCUGCUGCCACACCUGCUACCAGGCUCUUCCACACAGCCGAUGCCCCAUUUGUAGACAGAACAUCAGCAGAGUGGUACCUCUCUACCGUGUAUGAAGCAACUGUGUGACCAUGUGACCUCACUGGAACUGAAUCGUCAUACAAACUGUAUCAGCUUUACACCUCAAAAGGUAUAAACUGCUGCACUUAGACCUAUAAAAGGCAAAAGUAACUUAAAAUCUAAAUACUGUCAAGAACAAAGAUUUGCUUUUAAGAACACUGUAUGUAUUGAUAAAAUGUGAAUUACAAGGAUGUUGUGCAAAGGCUUUGUUCACUACAGAGUUUCAGUGUGGUACUUUUAUCUGAAAUUGUUAAGAGAUUCAGGAAAAUGAAGUAAUUGAGAAAAGGGUGCAAAUUUAUGCAAUAGAAAUAUUUAUUUUCAUACAUGUUUGUUAUGUGCCUUAUUCUGGUUAUUUAUAUGACUGCUGCUGUCUCAGAGUGAUUGAACUGUAUAUAUCUGAAUAACUUUAGUCUGGUCAUGAGGAGCUAAGCUUUUGUUCCAUCCAGUUUCAGUUACAUAUUUGAGUUACAAGCAGUUACUGAAACAAAAAUACAUCUAGUGCCAAGACAGUAAAGGUGUAAUUAAUACACUACAGAUAGGCCAGAGUGUGAAAAAUGUUGGUUUGUUCAGUAAAGCAUCACUCU